AUGCCGCCGGACUUUGUGGAGUUUACGUUCUGGCAUUGUGUAGAUUCUCAAAAACAUGAUGAUUUCUCAGUGAGAAGUGCGAGUACAAUAUUGUUCGGAUUUAUGGUUCGCUACAUUACGAAGAGUCGCGUAGUACCUGCAUUCUACAUCAUUUCUACAAGAUCGAAGUUUUGGCAGGAGAUAUUACAUCGUUGCCUGUCGUUAUCCGACCUACCACCACUUCAAAGGAUCCUGUUACUGAGCUUUCUCACUCGUUUAUCCCUUGGUUACAUUGAAUGUUAUUCCCGAACAAUGCUAGAAGGCAUCCAUUUUUUGAUCUCCUCUGUAAUUAAACUAUUGGAUCACACGAAGGAUAUCCGCGAGCGCCGAUUUUGUUUGGAGACGCUCGUUGUUUUAUCCCCAACAUCAGCAUGUGAGGAGGUAUUGAAGCAUAUCAAAGAAUUAGACCGAGAAGAGCAAACUUAUGCCUUGCGGGCGGAUUGCGAUUUCCUCGAAUAUACUUUGGAAAAAUCGGAAAGGUGUCUUUACUUCGCGAAGUGCUCGAAGAUUCCCACUGAUUACGUCCAGUCACCUUAUGUGCAGAUUAUCGAAGAUGCUAGACUGCUGGAUCCCUCAAGCGCUGUGGCAAAGAUUGAAAAUAUGUUUGCCUCGGUGGAGUCGCAUUCAGCGGAAUUGACACUUCAGGCACUAGCAAUGGCGCUUACUUUAGUUGCAAAAAGUUUGCGGGUCAACGGUACAAACAAUGAAGAUUCAAGGGCCACUAAAGGCAUGUCACUCAAUUAUGCGCAGGCCCUGUCACCAUAUGAAAAUAAAGGUGAAGUCGGAAUGCCUGAGGUGAUCAAAAGUCAUUAGUU